GAAGGAAAUGUUCCGGCUGGGAAUCCCGCUGCACCUGCUCUUCAUCACAGGCUCGUUGUCCUUGGUGGUGCCCCUGUUCCCAGACACGCUGGACUGCGUGCAAGCUGUACAGGAGUGUAUGGCCCAACCUGAGUGUGAAAAACUGUACAGACAACUGGACUACUGUGUGGAUGAGGAAGCUGUGGCCCCACUGGGUCCUGAAGCCCGCCAGGCCUGCGCCGACGCCCAGAAUGCCCUGCUGCACCAUCGACCCCUGCAGGAGUGCAAAUGCCAGCGCAAAUCCCGCAAAGAGGGUCUCUGUCUCCGAGUGUACUGGACUGUGCGCUUCCCACAGGGCUAUGAUGACAUUGAGACGUCCCCGUACGAGGACAUUGAACUGGAGCUCGUGAGAAAUAGCGAAAUAACAAAACUGGCCUCGAUUGUGGCAGUGCCCUCGUUUCCAGUAGAUGGACAGAACCAGUGUUUAAAGGCAGCUCAGGACUGUGGGCUGUUCGAGAAGUGUGGUGCCCUACGUGCAGAGUAUGUGCUGGCGUGCACCAAGCGGGUGGCAGGCUCAGAUCGCUGCAACAGACAGAAGUGCCACCGGGCACUGCGCAAGUUUCUGGAGCGUGUGCCUGAAGAAUACAGUUUUGGUGUGCUUUUCUGCUCUUGCACCGAACCAUUAUGUGGAGAGAGGAGGAGGAAGACCAUCGUCCCCUCCUGUUCCUAUGAGGAGAAAGACGCACAACCCAACUGCCUGCACCUGGAGAGCUAUUGCCUCCGUGAUGACUUGUGCAGGUCUAGACUGGCUGAUUUCCAGCAGAACUGCCAGCCCUCUUCUUACUCCCCUUUAGGCUGUCUGCGUGAGAGCGGAGCUGUCUGCCUGAAGGCGUACGCUGGACUGAUCGGUACCAUCAUGACACCGAACUACGUGAGUAACAGUAGUACGGAGGUGUCUCAGUGGUGUAACUGUGAAGGCAGUGGGAACCAGCUGCAGGAGUGCCUGCGCAUCCUGCACAUGUUCAACAGCAACAUUUGUCUGCGUAAUGCCAUAGAGAACAUGGGGAGCGCCAAUCCUCGGCCUGUGGAGGGUACACUGCUCCCUCCCCCUCGACCUUCCCCUCACGUUGAACACAUCGAGCUAAACUUGUUUGAAGACCUCAACUCGGUGGAGGAGAGCGAGGAGGAAAAGAACGAUCACGAAGAUGAUAUAGAUCCAGUGGAUGAGUUCAACGUCAUCCCUCCAUUCCCAGAGAAGGCCACUGUCACCGAUUUGGAUUCCGAGACGGGCAGAGUUCAGGGCCGGGCCUCAUCCCUUUCAGCCUCCCUUUACCUUCUUCCUCUGCUGCUGCUCGCUACCCUCAGCUGGGGGUAG